AUGGAUGCCUGGACGAAAGGAGAAGACGGCAACGAGAGCAGCAAGAAAGCCAAGGAGACGCUCGACUAUCGUGACUCGACUCAAGCUGGGCGUUUCUUCGGCCCCGAAGAAACAGAAAUAUACAACAUUCCCAAGAAAGAGCUUGUAGUCGUUGUUGGAGAGCGCGUCCUUAGCGAGGUCACGAUUGAUCCAAAAAAGAAUGCAGGAACAAAUGAGGACAUAUCAAUCGCAUUCAAGAAUGCCCUACCUUCCGCGCCUCCCGAUGAUGUGCAAAUCCUGGUUCGCCGAAUUGACGACAAGAUGAACAACCUGUUCAUCCUCUCUGAUAAGCGGAAUGGAUUGUGCUCUCUCCGCCAAUUUCCAGCAAGCUCAGCUGAAGAGAUAUUUUUCUAUCCCAAGUGGGCCAAAGUUGGCCGAAACUUCGCAAAGAAUUCUAAGGACCGGAAACCUGAGUGGAUGAAGUCUAUCACAGAGUUUUGCACAACAUGGUUGCACGAGAACAGCAACACCAUCCCUGAUCAUUAUCAAAAUUCAAGCAGAGAGCAGUCAUCGCCUUGUACACAGACCGAAUUUGAAUUUGUUGUUUCAAACUUGAAGAAGUCUGUUGUUUGUUACAGGGAUACAGGCAACCGAGAGCAUCUUUCGCAUAUGCUCCUCCAAGUUCAGAAGGGAGUUGUGCAUCAGCCGCCAGACGAAUCAGCUGAAUAUGCUUUGAAAAUUGUCAAUAAUCUCAUCACCGGUCCUGACAUGAUCACAAUCGAAGAAGCUGAGGAAGCCACCGAAGCCUUCCAGAGGCUUUGGUCUGUUAUCCUGCCUGAAGAUCUCAAACCGGUCGUCACUCCAGAGGCCUUGUAUAACUUGGGCACUGGACUUCGUGGCGGUAGACACAAAACCAAUUCUUGA